AUGGUGGAAUCAGAGAGGUUAAAAUUUUUUAGGUGUAAACAACCACAGUUGAGGAUUGAUAAAUACAAAUGUCUGCAUAAAAAUCUUAUAAACGGGGAUAUAGAUGCUGUAAGGCUUGGCAAAAGAAUCAUUAUUUCCAGUACUUUUACCAGUGGACCUAGAUAUGCAGAAUAUCCUAGCUAUUUUAUCACCAUGACCUGUAACUCUGAAUGGGAUGAGAUAAAAAGAGAAGUGACUCCCAUUGGAUUGAAGGCAGAAGACCAUCCUGAUAUAUUAUGUCGAGUUUUCAAGAUCAGGUUUGAUAGUUUGAUUGAUGACCUAAAAGAGAGAAAAAUCUUUGACAAAAUUUUAGGAUUUUGCACUGUAGAGUUUCAAAAGAAAGGGCUUUCGCAUGCACAUAUCCUUUUAUUCAUGAGUAACGAGUUCAAGCCACAAACACCAGAUGACAUAUACAAACAUAUAACAGCUGAGAUUCCUUAUGAAAAUGAAAGGCCAAAUCUACAUGGAGCUUUUCAAAAUUACAUGGUACAUGGUCCAUGUGGUCCGUACAACAAGAAUUCACCUUGCAUGAAGAAUGAAUCUUGUUUAAAGUUCUAUCCUAAAGAGUUUAGACAGCAAACACUCAUUGAUGAGGCCGGAUUUUCCAAAUAUAGACGUACUGAUAAUGGUCGAAUAGUGAAGAAAAGGGAAUGUGUACUAGACAAUAAGUUCAUUGUUUCGUAUAAUCCAGAAUUGUUGCUCAAGUUCGGGUGCCACAUAAAUAUGGAAUACACAUGCCAAACGAGUUCUAUUAAGUAUCUGUUUAAGUAUGUACACAAGGAUAAUGACUGCGUAACAGCUACUCUAUACAAUACUGGUGAUCCGUCAGAAGCCACACAAGUUGUUGACGAAAUUAGGAAUUACUAUGAUUGUAGGUACAUUUCGGAUGAUCAACUUGUGGUUUAUGGUGAAACUUCUAAUGUGAAUGAUAUCGUCGAAAGAGCAAUAUCUCAUAAGUCCAUAUUUUUGGGAUGGAUAGCGGUGAACAUGUCAUAUCCUUAUACUCGAAGUCUGACUUAUGCUGAGUUUCCAACCAAGUUUGUUUGGAAGGACGAUUCUUCAAAGUGGUUUCCUCGAAAGAAAGGCUUCGCAAUUGGAAUGUUGACUCAUGUACCUACAGCAAAUAUCGAAGAAUAUUACCAACGACUUCUCUUGAAUACUCAAAGAGGAUGUAUGAGUUUUCGCGAUAUAAGAACAGUAGGAGGAACAAUUUAUGCUACGUAUAGAGAUGCAUGCCUUGCCCUUGGACUCUUGCAAAAUGACAAAGAAUUCGUUGAUGCAAUUAAGGAAGCAAGCUCAUGGGCCUCAGGAUCAUAUGUUAGGAGACUUCCAUUCCAUUUGGAGGAUGAUCAACUUAUAGUUUAUGGUGAAACUUCUAAUGUGAAUGAUAUCGUCGAAAGAGCAAUAUCUCAUAAGUCCAUAUUUUUGGGAUGGAUAGCGGUGAACAUGUCAUAUCCUUAUACUCGAAGUCUGACUUAUGCUGAGUUUCCAACCAAGUUUGUUUGGAAGGACGAUUCUUCAAAGUGGUUUUCUCGAAAGAAAGGCUUCGCAAUUGGAAUGUUGACUCAUGUACCUACAGCAAAUAUCGAAGAAUAUUACCAACGACUUCUCUUGAAUACUCAAAGAGGAUGUAUGAGUUUUCGCGAUAUAAGAACAGUAGGAGGAACAAUUUAUGCUACGUAUAGAGAUGCAUGCCUUGCCCUUGGACUCUUGCAAAAUGACAAAGAAUUCGUUGAUGCAAUUAAGGAAGCAAGCUCAUGGGCCUCAGGAUCAUAUGUUAGGAGGUUAUUUGUCAUUCUAUUAACAUCCAACAAUAUCUCAAGACCAGAACAUGUCUGUGAUAGAUGUUGGCAUGAACUCUCAGAUGAUAUUUUGUAUCGAUAA